UUUGAAUUCGUGUGCAUAGAUCUACGUACGUAUAAAGAGCAAGCCCGAGAUAUAAGGGAUCAAUAGAUUUUUUACCACACACGGAGUUCUCUCAGUUCUCGUAUUGUGAAACACCAACUGCUCGAGCAGCUAGCAGCGCAACCAAAAGCUAUAGCCGGAAAAUAUUGGAAUCACUUCGGAUCUUGCAUUGACCCGUUGUGGUGUGUAGCGCGAGCACAGGGGAUCUCUCUGAAUGAGUCAGGAAGACCGGACGACAACUGAAGAGGAGACGGGCAUAUGGUGCUGUCUUGGAUGGUCUGGCGGAUGUGAAAGAGCUCCAAAUAUGUCUGAAUCAAUUCUCACUGCUUCUUCGCCUCAGAAAAGUAGUAUCAAGCAGUUGUUUUAUAAUGGGAAUGUCACGAAGGAACAACCACCAAGCCCUGAUGCAGAGGUGAACGGACAUCCUCUGGUGGGGGAAGGCGAGUCAGGCCUUAUUGCACGACAGCUUGGGGACGAUUAUAUUUCCUACAAAGUUGGAAAACACAAUGGACGCCGACCGCCUUGCCAGCAUGCAGAGACAUUGAGGAGAGUUGGGGAUGAAGUUGAGGAAAGAUACGCCAUCACCCUGAAUGGAUUAGUGAACAAUUUGGAGUAUGAUCCGGACAAAGAUGGUGAAGAGGCAUUCACUGCAAGUUUGAAUGCCAUGUUUGAGGAAGGGUCAUGUAACUGGGGACGUGUUGUGAUGGUUUAUGUGUUUGCAGCCCGCCUUGCAAAAUAUUGCCAGGAAAAUGGAAAAGGUUAUCAUGUAGGACGCUUAUCAGAAUUUGCAGGACGAUAUGUUGCAUCAAGAUUAACUCCAUGGAUAAAUAAGCAAGGAGGAUGGGAAAAAUUUGAUGAAAGUUUCAAAGCCAAAGACUGGAAGGAAAAGGCAGCAUUCAACUCUCUCUUGGUGACGGGAGCUUUUCUUGGUGGACUAGCGGCUCUCAGACUAUUGAUGAAAUAGUGAAACAUCACAGAGCAGACUUUUAAUUACUUCGCUUGUCUAGUUUUUGUCAAGCAACCAGGCAGAAAUUUGGAUAUUCGCCAAACUUCUAUUGUGGAAAGAUACCCUACUACUAGAUUUCAAGUAUGCACCCUAUUCAGGAAUAAUCUGGACACAAAUGGUACAAUUUCAGCUUAGCAACUUCAGAAUGGAACUUUUUUCUUCGAGGGAUACAAUUGGAUCUACCAGAAAACAUAUUUUUAGAAUACUUCAAGUCAACAAUAACAGACUCAUUUACUAGAAUAUUUUUUUGUCACUGGCUAUCAAUAGUAUCAAAUCUUUAAGACUAUAGUCUAUAGAGUUUAAAGAGCCUUGAGAAAUUACUACUUUAUGUAGAAAACUAUCACUGCCAGGUGAAAGGUUCUAAAACUCUGUCUUUGUUUCCCUUAAAAAAAGAUAUGAACUGAAUAUAGUCUUUGAUUUACAAGUGUUUAAAAUGAUGUUUAAAGACAGUACUAUGAUGCUAAAUUAUAGAUUACGUUUAACGUAAAAAUACAGUUUACAUUCGACUCUCAAGACUCUCUAAUUUUUAAGGGA